CAGGCCGUACGUGCACCCCAUUAUAAGAACUAGAGAGCCAACCAACUACUGCACGGGACAUGUGGUUAGCAAAAUCAAAAUUCAUAUAGAGAGCCGACCAACAACCCACCGUAUCAGCUAGCACACACAAACAGCCCUCACGAUGCUUCUUGGCCAUCUUCUUUGUCCAUGACCACCCCAACGACGACGCCAGCGAAGAUGCGGGCCGUGCUUUAUGACGCCUGCGGCGGAGGCGCCGCCAGCCUCAAGCAUGUAGAAGUCCCCGUCCCUUCAGCAAAGAAGAAUGAGGUCCUGUUGAAACUACAAGCUGCAACCGUGAAUCCACUUGACUGGAAGAUACAGAAAGGGGACCUGCGGCCUCUGCUGCCUCGUAGACUGCCUUUUAUUCCAGUGACUGAUGUCGCAGGAGUAAUUGUUGAUGUUGGUCCUGGAGUGAAUGGUCUCACAGCGGGUGAUCAAGUUGUCGCCAAGUUGAACUCUCUUAAUGGAGGUGGACUUGCAGAGUACGCGGUAGCACCCGCAAACCUGACUGUCAAAAGGCCAGCUAAGGUUUCUGCAGCUGAGGGUGCUGGCCUUCCCAUUGCUGCAGGCACUGCGCUCCAGGCGCUGAGGUCCAUUGGGGCCAAGUUUGACGGCACCGGCAAGCCUCUGAAUGUGUUGAUCACCGCUGCCUCCGGUGGUGUAGGCCUGUACGCGGUGCAGCUUGCGAAGCUGGCGAACCUUCAUGUCACCGCCACCUGCGGCGCCCGCAACAUGGAUCUUGUGAAGAGCUUGGGCGCGGACGAGGUGAUGGACUACAGGACCCCAGAGGGAGCGACCCUGCAGAGCCCCUUCGGCCGGAAGUACGACGGCGUGGUUCACUGCACCGUCGGUGUCAGCUGGUCGUCUUUCCAGCUGUUGCUGAGUGACGCCGGGAGAGUGAUAGAUAUCACCCCGAACUUGUCAGCCAUCCUCACAUAUGUGCUGCACAGGGUGACAUUCUCCAAGAAGCGCCUCGUGCCCCAGCUUCUCCUGUCCCUCAACAAGGCAGACCUGGAGUUCUUGGUCGGGUUGCUCGAGGAAGGCAAGCUGAAGACGGUGAUCGACUCGAGGUUCCUGUUGAGUGACGCAGGCAAGGCGUGGCAGAGCAGUAUCGAUGGCCAUGCCACUGGCAAGAUUGUCGUUGAGAUGGAGAGCUGAUCGUCGUCAAUGCUAUUAUUGCCAACGGACUUGCAUGCAGACAGUGGAGAGGAGGAAUACAUAGGAUGGAAUUAUACAGACUACUCAUUUGUACGUUUUUUUUUAGCAUCAGUACAGACACAAGCGCUCAUAUACACGCGCAUACACUCACCCCUA